GAAUCCCUUUCAAGUCCCUUACUUAAAUGUCAAGUGAGUGAGAUAGAAAAAGGAAAAGACACAAGAUGCUGAAGUCAUUUGUAAUUCCAAGAAAACAUGAUGCUUGUGUCUUUUACUCAAAGACCAGCUAGAAUUCUAUAUAUAUAGGGUGAAUUGGAGUGGAGUGGAUUGUUGGGUAGUUUUCUGUACCUAGUGGUAAAAAGCCCCUAGUUAAUUAGGAGGGAAAUGGCAGAAAACGAUGAUUGGGUGGUAACAGUGAAGGAAGAAUUGGAGCGAAUGGCACCAUUAGCCACUAUCGGAGCUGCAGAAAAGCCGCACUGGGACAAGCGUUCAAUAUACAGAAUCCCGGAGUCUGUCAUGGACCAAAACAUGAAAGCCUACAAGCCUCAUUUUGUCUCGUUUGGGCCUUACCAUCAUGGCGACUCUCAUUUGGCACUGAUGGAGGAGCACAAGCACCGCGCUCUCCUCCAUUUUCUCAAGAGAUCCAAUAAGCCUCUCGAGUCCUACGUCAACUCUCUAGCCGAAGUCGCUCAAUGUCUUAAAGACUCGUACGAGUCACUUGAUCUUGUUUGGGAAAGAAACACCAAUAGGUUCUUGCAAAUGAUGAUUGUCGAUGGCUGCUUUAUGAUUGAGGUACUGCGUAACUUUACGAAGGCAACGAAUGAUUACGCUGACAGUGAUCCAAUCUUUAGUAAUCAUGGGAAGCUCCACAUUGUGCCUUAUAUCAGACGAGACAUGCUUAUGCUUGAAAAUCAACUCCCUAUGCUUGUUCUCACCACACUUCUUGCCGUUGAAAAUGAGGAAACUAAGAACGAUGAGGAAUUUUUGAACAAACUCAUUCUGAAGUUCUGCUGCCGCAACGGGUUCUCACACAAGGCCCGCAUGGGCAAAUGCUUGCACUUACUCGAUGUGCAAAGGAAGAUCCUCCUUGGGGAAGACACAAGCGAGACAAAAAUACAUGAAGGCGGAGGCGGCGAGAGAAAAAACGACAAAAAGGGAAAAACAGACAGUGAAGCAAGUGCUGGAGGCAUCGAGAUCAUCCGGUCCGCAAAGGAGCUCCACGAAGCCGGAAUUACUUUCAGCACAAGCAGUACCCAAAGCCUCAAAGACAUCACCUUCAAAGGCGGAAAGCUGAGGCUCCCGCCCAUCGUGGUAGAAGACACUACCGCGUCUAUGUUUUUGAACCUCAUCGCUUUCGAGCGGUUCCAUGUCGGGGUCGGGAACGCGGUCACCUCUUACGUCUUUUUCAUGGACAGCAUCAUUGAUAGUGCCAAGGACGUCAGCCUCCUGCACGACGAAGGCAUCAUCCAGAAUGCCCUCGGUAGCGACAAAGCCGUGGCCGCACUCUUUAAUUCCAUUUCUAAGGACGCAACACUCGACCCGACCAGCAGCCUGGACUUGGUGCAUAAGAAGGUUGAUAAGCACUGCAACAAGACGUGGAACAAGUGGAAGGCGAAUCUCAAGCACACCUACUUUAGGAACCCUUGGUCGACUUUCUCUUUCGCAGCGGCUAUCUUGCUUUUCGUGCUCACUAUACUGCAGACAAUAUUCACCAUCUGGCCAUCCAAAUGAUUCUCCAUCGCUCUCCGUCUCCUCCAAUGCUUUAAGCAGAUCGAUCCAAGUCUGCCUUCCCAUCGACUUGGCUAAUUUGCAUUAUUUACUUUGAUUGCUUGCAAAAUAAGGACCGUGUGAGUCUAUUACAGUGUGCUGUGUGUUUUCAAUAAAGUGUUUCCCCAGGUUGGUAAACAAAAAGAACUUGUUUACAGAGGAGGUGCAAACGUGGGGUUUGUCAUGUUUGCAUCCCUCCAUGUGUGGGCCCCAUCGCCAUAUGUUAGGCUAUAAGUAAGGUGUUAGGCUAUAAGGAGCUUUGCCUUGUCUUUGCAUUAAUUAAGAACUCAUAAACUUCCUCUGCAAAAUGAAUCAUUAGUUA